CUCGUGUUAAGUAAAUUAUAUAAACGUGACAAAACUAUUUGUGGAUGGACAUACCAUUUCAGUUUAGUGAUUUGGUGCAUCAGUACAUUACCAAAACUGUCAGAAUCAUCCAUAAUGACGCUUAAAUGUAUAAUUUUCGAACAAUUGAACUAACCUAGGAAGUUAUUCAUAUGAAGGUGACUAGUACAUAACUCUAGGCCACGGCCUCGUGUUUCCACUUCGCUUGCAAACCACGCCCUAAUUGCAUAUGCACUAUAGUUUUAUAAUAAAACAAAUACUCAAUGACGUCAUUCGACAAAAAUUAUCAAUCUGGUUACAACAAGCAAUGUAGGUCACAUUGAAAGUUAGAUAAAAAACAACGAAACGUGUUACUACGCAACAAUAGCAAAUUCUUUGUUUAAAUAAUUGUCAAAUAGGCCUGAAGUGCGUAACGGUAUUACGUUGGCUCGUGGCUGACGUCACUCGUGUGAUAUGUCAGGGACGCGAAUUGGGUUGCUAUCGGACCGACAAUGACGCGGCUAUAUCAAGUGCAUUUUAAACUAGGUUAGGUCAGGGGGGUGCGGAGGGAGGGGAACUAGGUCUCGCGCCACGGCCAAGGGUUUGCGAAGGUUGAAUUAUUUUUCUUUUCCACAUAGAAACAAUUAUGUGAGUGGUGUUUGCAGGAAAUAAAUCAUUUCUCAUAAGUGAGUGUCAAUGAUGUGCCCUUUGUACUCAAUUGAAUGCGGAAUUUGGUGUAAUAAAUAUGAUAAGAGGCGAAACAGUGGCUGUGGAUCUGGCUGGCUGGGUAUGUGAUAGCCAAAAUGUAACAGAUUACUAUAUCCAGCCUAAACUGUAUUUGAGAAAUUUAUUUUUCCGCACUGUCUAUCUUUUAUUAGCAGACAUAAAUCCAAUUUUUGUACUUGAGGGUGAUGCUCCCGAAUUGAAGAGGGAUGUAAUGGCAGCAAGGAAUGCUAUUCAGUUCAGAGGAGCUGCCCCAAAAUCACAAGCUAAAAGCCAAGCUCCAAGUGUGUCUAGAAAAAGGUUUAAAGGUGUUUUAUUAGAGUGUGAAACUCUGUUGAAGAGUAUGGGUGUUAGAUGUGUCAAAGGAUCUGGUGAGGCAGAAGCCACUUGUGCUAGUUUAAAUUCAAAAGGGUUGGUGGACGCGGUAGUAUCGCAAGAUUCCGACUGCUUUGCAUAUGGGGCGCGCCGGGUGUAUCGCAACUUUAGCGUGUCCAGCUCAGCGGGUGGGGGCGCCAUGCAGGGAUCAGUGGAUUGCUAUGAUGCAGAAAGAAUGUUCCAGGCUAAUGGAUUCGGCCGUAAUAAAAUGAUUGCGUUGGCUCUUCUAUGCGGCUGUGACUACGGGGUUGGCGCUUGUGGGUCAUCUAUUAACACAGUUGUGACUUUUCUUCACACUGUUAAGGAUGAAGAGAUUAUUCCUAGGCUUUUGUCGUGGGUCACCGAUACAAAAGAGUACGAAGAGCGCGCACGUUGGGCCUCACAGCCGGGACGUUGUGACAAGUGCGGGCACGUUGGACGUACGCAUCUUAAAAAUGGCUGCCCCAUGUGUAAUACGCAUCGUAGCUGCAAUGAUUUAGGACAUAAGUCAAAAGUGUUGGAAUCAAAACGUGAAUUGUCGUUGCGCGAUCGGGCUCUAUCGUGCGGGAUGCCAUUUCCAGAGCCAAAAGUUAUGAAGGAAUUUCUGAAUGCAACAUCGGAUAUAAGCCUUGGCAACAUACCGCAACCCAGUUUAAUUCAAUUCGCGAAAAUAAUGGCUAAGAAAUUGGAUUGGACGGAGCGGUACUGUGUGGAGAAAUUUCUACCUUUGCUCACAAAAUGGCAUCUACAAGCUUGUGUACCCUGUAAAACUAUUCAACCUGUCAAAAUUAAGAAGAAAAGGAAUCCCAGAGGAGUACCAAGUUACGAAGUUGUAUGGAGUGAUAUAAGCGGACAAUAUGAGGCUUUGAUCCCCGAUGAACAAAUUAAAGAUGGUGAAGAAAUAGCAGAUAUAUGGACGACGGUUGAAAGGCAAGACUUGAUGAAGGAGUUUUAUCCAGAAUUAGUUGAAGCUUACGAAGAAUCCAUCAAGAAACCACCAAAAGUGAAGAAGACAAGAGAAAAGAAAACAGCAGACCCAAAAACAGAUAAACCAAAACGAAAGUACACGCGUAAACAAAAAAUAUCAAACUUAAAUAAUUCCAUGAAGAACUUAAGUUUAUCUAAAAGCCUAAACUUAAGUGUAAGUGUCAAUAAGUUAAAACGAAAAAUUAAAAGAAAUGCUAAAGGCACAAUUGAGAACUAUCUAAAGAAAAGAAAGUCCAGUUUGAACUCUUUAUCACGAAAUGAGUCCAGAAAAAAACUCGAUAAAGAAAGAAAAAGUGUAUAUGAUCAAUCUGGAGAUAUAGAGUCAAGAAAUUACGAAAACCACAGAGAUUCUAUAAAUAAUGUUGGAAAUAUACAUGAUCUAUCCACGCUAAUUGGUCUUGGUUCUAAAUCAAGAUUAGUUUAUGAAGCAAAAGAAAUUGACUACGAAAAAAGAAGAAAAUCAAUAAAUGAUCUAAGCAAUAUAGAACAUGAUAAAUCUGCAAUUUAUGAUAUACUGUCAACAGACUCUAAAGCCAACAAUUUCGAAAAAGGUCACACCUACGGGAUGAAAGCAAAAAAUAAAGAAGUCGAUCUAUCUGCAGCUGACGUAAUAAAAGAAGGAGUUUUUGAUGCAAAAGAUAAUUUUGACAAUAAAGAAAAUUCAAUACAUAUUCUUGAUACAGAUAUUGAAAGUGAUUUAUCUGGAAUAGUUGACGAUAUAGUAUCGAAAGCGCCUAGUUUUACUACAGCGAAAGUUAAUAAUAACCUCGUUAAGUUGGUAUUUCAGAAGAGAAUCGAUAUUAACUGUUCGACCCCCAAAAAUAGCCCCCGAAAAUCCCGGAAAAGUUACUUCUUUGAUAAAUUGGUUGAAGGGGACGCGUUUGAAAUGUCGCUUGAUCAUGAUGAAACAGUUGAUUAUAGUUUACCUGAUAUUAAAUUAUAAUUUCGCCUUUAUUACCUUGAAUAAAAAAUUUAAUUUAAA